AUGACAGCUCAUCCACCAGAACCUGCGGGUAAAGCUGACACCUCUGAGGCUGAGAAACAGUUGCCUGAAAAGCCCGACGACUCUUCACCACCUGACGGAGGAGCUGUCGCCUGGCUUCAAGUCGCAGGGGCUUUUUUCCUGUUUUUCAACUCUUGGGGUGUUGUCAACACAUUUGGUGUGUUCCAAAGUUAUUAUGAAGAUGUUCUUCUUUCCGGCUACUCAGCCUCUUCAAUCUCCUGGAUCGGCACAGUCCAAGGCUUUCUUCUCUUGCUCGCGGGCGUGGUCGUUGGUCCUGUCUUCGAUAGGGGCUAUCUCAAAAGCCUGAUUAUCAUUGGAUCAUUCUUCGUUGUGUUUGGUUUAAUGAUGACCUCGUUAUCAACUGAAUACUAUCAAGUCUUCCUUGCCCAUGGCGUCUGUGUUGGAAUUGGAUGUGCAUUUCUCUUCCUCCCUAGCAUCGCCGUCGUCGCCACCUACUUUACCUCGCGACGCGCCUUAGCGACGGGGAUUACCGCUUCAGGUGGUAGUAUCGGCUCUGUGAUCUUUCCUAUUAUGUUUCACAAACUCAUUGGUUCCCUUGGCUUCGGCUGGACGACUCGUAUCAUCGCUUUUAUCGUACUGGCAGGUCAGAUCUUUGCUUGGGCCGUAAUGAAACGUCGCCUACCACCUCCUAAAACAGCACGAUCGCUUCUCGACCUCGACGCAUUCCGAGAGCCGGUCUUCCUCGUCUUCUGCUUUGGACUGUUUUUCUCCUUCGUGGGCCUAUACUUCCCCUUCUUUUAUCUACCGAGCUUCUUCUCCUCUUCUCUCCAUGCGAGCACCAACAUAUCAUUCUACAUCAUCGCCAUUUUGAAUGCUGCCUCCGUGUUUGGGCGGAUCACGCCUGGCUUGCUCGCCGAUCGUAUCGGUUCUUUGAACACACUUAUCCCUAUCAGUCUGAUCGCUGCGGUUUUGUCAUUCUCGUGGAUCGGUAUCCACAAUGAAGCUGGUGCAAUUGUGUUUGCGUGCCUUUAUGGGUAUGCAUCUGGUGCAAUUGUCUCUUUGCCACCUACUAUCAUUGCGCGGCUAAGCCCUAACCUGGCUACUGUGGGGACUCGUAUGGGCAUGUGCUUCACUUUUGCUGGUACGGGUCUGCUUAUUGGUAACCCUAUUGCGGGCGCUUUGUUGGAUCUAGAGGACGCGGAAUUCUGGAGAGCUCAGGUUUUCACGGCUGUUAUGGUACUAACAGGGUCAGCUUUCUUCGUUGGAUUACGGCUGAUGAAGUGGAAAGAGGGGGCAGGUUGGAAAAUUUGA